GGUUUCUCAACUAUUACGAUGCUUGCUCAGAAGGAUUAAGAGCAGCCAGUCCUCUACUAAAAUUUGGAGGGCCUGGGGAUUCCUUCCAUCCCUUACCCAAAUCACCCAUGUGCUGGAGUCUUCUGUGUCAUUGCUACAAUGGAACCAACUUCUUCACAGGGGAGACUGGUGUAAGGCUGGACUACAUCUCUCUCCAUAAGAAGGGAGGUGGGAGUUCUCUCUACAUCUUGCAACAAGAAGUAGAAGCAGUUGAACAAAUUCAGAAGCUGUUUCCCAAUUUUGCUUCUGUUCCCAUAUACAACGAUGAAGCAGAUCCAAUGGUUGGAUGGUCCAUUCCGCAACUGUGGCGAGCUGAUGUGACCUAUGCAGCUAUGGUUGUAAAGGUAAUCAUCCAGCAUCAAAACCUGCUCAUUUCCAAAGCCAACAACACCAUCAACUACACACUGCUGAGUAAUGACAAUGCCUUCUUGAGUUACUACCCCCAUUACUUCACACAACGGACUCUGACAGCACGUUUUCAGAUGAACAAUACAAAGCCACCUCAUGUCCAGAUGGUGCGGAAACCAGUGCUGACUGUCAUGGGCUUGCUGGCACUGCUAGGAGAAAAGCAGAUUUUUGCAGAAGUGAAUAGCAGUGAAGGAGAAAGCACUCAAAACAGCACGGUUGGUGUCCUGGCAUCUGUGCACACCCCAAGUGAGAUGCAGCCUUCAGACAGCUGGCAAGCUACAGUACUGGUGUAUGCAAGUGAGGAUAACAGGACUUCAUCCAACAUCAGCACCAUCACAGUGAACGCCACCCACUUCCCCAAACUUAGAGAGCUGGUGUAUGUGACAUAUUACCUGGAUAACAACCAAACCAAUCCCUACCUGAAAUGGAAAAAGCUAGGAAGCCCUGACUUUCCUUUGCCAGAACAGUUCCAGCAAAUAAGGGAUGCUGAGGACCCGGUGGCAGCAGGCCCAUUCCCUUUUCCUGAAGGUGGCAUCCUGACACUGAAGCAAGACUUUCCCAUUCCCUCAGUCUUUCUUAUCCACAUCUGUGCAAGACCCAGAUCUGUUCCUGACCAAGUGACCGAUGUUCGCUUGAUCGCUCUCACAAAGGGGCAGGUCAUUGUGUUGUGGGAUGACGGCUGUGUAAAGUCAAAAUGUAUAAAGACAUUUGAAGUGGAGUUCUCACCAGAUGGAAAAGCAUACCAGCGGAUUAAUGCCAAAGACACAAUAUUCACUCUCUGGGUCUACAGUCCGGGAAGCUCAGUCUCCGGCUUUUACAGAGUGCGUGCCAUUGACUACUGGGGAAAGGCAGGCCUGUCCUCUCUUCCUGUGAAGUAUGUUGAAGCUUUCAAGUGACUCUGAAGAGUGGUGCCUGGCUUGGUGACUGACUGGUGUAUGCUCCCUGCAAAUGACAACUCUCCAGAAAAAUAAACUCCUCCCAGGCUGAGGAGGGAGUAUUGAAAGGACCUGAUGAAGCAAGUUAGGAAUGCAAGUUAGAAGCAACUGCCCCUAUUAACUCUUCAGAGCUCGAAAGACACUGUUAUUAAACAGCCACAACUGAUAACCCAAGUGGUACAAUUGUAAGAGGCUGCAGUAGGACGGGAAUGCAGCUUCUUAAGUAGGAAUUAUGGGAAUAAAUAUUUAUUAUUCCCUAUUUUACACUGAGCUAACGGCUAGGACAACCAAAGAUUUAUAGAAGUCACAAACUGCAGCAGGAACAACACCAUUGCUUCACUGUGUGAGUGAGGAUGGCAGCAAAGGCACAAGGAGGACCUGUCUGAGAGUGAACUGCCUGCCUCAGCUGACAGGCUGUCUUGACAUAAUGGUUUGAUGGAGAAGAGCACAGCAACCAGACAUGUCCAGAGCAUGAAGUAAAGGAUCACUGCUUCACCGUCAGUUCUUCACACAUGCUUCAGUGGGUUAUUUCAGAGCACUUGCCAUGUCUUCAGAUGCAUGAGGUUCUUCACCCUCUCAUAGAGG